CCGGUCUUGCUUUUCUCCACGGUUGGGAACGUUUUGCGAGCCGAGGGGCUGGAGGGCAGGUAGCGGCAUCCUGCCGGUCGCCGCGCUCUCCGGGGACCGUCUGCAUCGGGAACCCGAAAGUUUUUUCUUUUACCUUUUCAUGCAGAUGUAUUUAUAACGCUAUCAGUCAUUGCCCUCCCCCUCUGGUCUCCACCGCCUGGAAAGCGUGUACUUUGGGCAAAACACGGAGGAAACCGCUCAGCAACAUUUGGGGGUCGGUUGUCGGUUUUCUUUUUUCUUGUUUUACCCGAGAAACAAACUGAGCUCACCGCGAUGGAGAAAAUGUCCCGACCGCUCCCCCUGAAUCCCACCUUUAUCCCGCCUCCCUACGGCGUGCUCAGGUCUCUGCUGGAGAACCCGCUGAAGCCCCCCCUACAUCAGGAGGACGCAUUUGGUAAAGCUAAAGACAAGGAGAAGAAGCUGGACGAUGACAGUAACAGCCCGACGGUCCCCCAGUCGGCGUUCCUGGGGCCCACCUUAUGGGACAAAACCCUGCCCUAUGACGGAGACACUUUCCAGUUGGAAUACAUGGACCUGGAGGAGUUUCUGUCCGAAAAUGGCAUCCCCCCGAGCCCCGCUCAGCACGACCACAGCCCUCACCCGCCCGGGCUGCAACCCGCCACUGCAUCUGCUGCCCCUUCCGUCAUGGACCUCAGCAGCCGGGCCUCAGCACCCAUGCACCCAGGCCUUCCUUCUCCGAGCUGCAUGCAGAGCCCCCUCCGACCAGGUCAGCUGUUGCCAGCAAACCGCAAUACACCAAGUCCCAUUGAUCCGGACACCAUUCAGGUGCCAGUGGGUUACGAGCCAGACCCGGCAGACCUGGCCCUCUCCAGCAUCCCCGGCCAGGAAAUGUUUGAUCCUCGCAAACGCAAGUUCUCUGAGGAAGAACUGAAACCACAGCCUAUGAUUAAGAAAGCGCGCAAGGUCUUCAUCCCUGACGAUCUGAAGCAGGAUGACAAGUACUGGGCACGGCGCAGAAAGAACAACAUGGCAGCCAAGCGCUCGCGAGACGCCCGGAGGCUGAAGGAGAAUCAGAUCGCCAUCCGGGCCUCGUUCCUGGAGAAGGAGAACUCGGCGCUCCGCCAGGAGGUGGCUGACUUGCGGAAGGAGCUGGGCAAAUGCAAGAACAUACUUGCCAAGUAUGAAGCCAGGCACGGGCCCCUGUAGGGUGGCAUUUUUGUGGGCUGGCUCUUGAGUAGAAGGACAGCUUGUUUCCUGUCUGAUAGCACCACACCCAAACAACCUUUCUAUCAUCAGCACUUUACCAGAGGCAGAGACGCACUCGACUCACAUUUUGAUGUGCAUCUGUGUGUGAGUAUGUGUGUGCGUGUGCACAUGCGCGUGCAUGCACACGUUGAUGUGCUUGUGUGUGUGUGUGUGUGUGUGUGUGCUCCUUUGCACCUGCCGUUUUAAAGAAGUCCCCUCUUCAUCACUUAGUCCCAACAGAGGAAAGGUGCCAUGUUUUUACUGGACUUCCGGAGCCCUCUCGUGGGGUUUCCUCCCCUGACCCGCCUUCGCCAAUGCCUUCCCUUUCAAAGUUAGCUUCACGGUUGAGCUGACUUGCUCUUCCAGGACCCUCACCUUGGAAUCCCAGAAGGGCCCUGGUGAGGCCUGGGGACGUAGAGUUCAGUUCGCAGGAGCACACGCUGUUUUCCUGUCCAGUCUCUGAGCUGCCAUGCUGACAAGGUGCACGAGAUGACUGGGCCCCUCCGGGCAGUUCGAUUCGUUGAUGGGUGGCUUUCCUAUGUUCAGUUUUGGUGAAAUUUGUCUUCAGAUUCAAAGUGGUCUUUAGCUUUAUUAGGUCCCUCAUUUCACCUCACUGCCAUCUACUAAGUUUCCUUUUUCUUCUGCCAACCCCAGAUCAGUCAGAUACUAUCACAGAGCAGAGUGGGGCUUCGCACCGGCUGUACUUUAAAGCAAUAAUCCUGUUGUUCGCUAGAGCAUGCUGCCUGAGUAGUCCUAGUGGGUGUAGGACAUCUUCCCUGCCGAAACAGCCAACCAGCCAACCAACCUUAAAGGAACGCAUUUGAGCAUGCCCAGCACAUCCCCAGGACAGAGACGCAGAGGGAAAUGCAGGUCUCAGAGCAAAGGGUUCGUUUACAUGUGCCAACACACAUGUCCUGGAAGAACUUUUGGCUUCUGAAAAGUUUGAUUUGGGGUUCUCUCCUCAUCCGUACUCCCUUUCCCUUACUCCCACUUCACUUUUCCCACAUCCCUCCUGAUACUUGGAACAAUUCCAUGGCUUAACAUCUGGGUUUCCCCAUUAUUUUUUUGGAAUAUAUAUACAUAUAUAUAUUGUUAAUUACACCUGCUGUUUUCUGAAAUCAGUUCAGUCGAUUGUCACCCCCCCCUUUUCCCUAGGGGUGUCAUUUUUGAGCCACUUAAAUGGAUGAUUCCAGGGCUUCUGUUGCUUACUCUCGAUUUGCUUUGGACUGUCUGUAUGCUUCUCGAAGCGGACUUCCGAAAAAUGAAUGUCAGCGACACUGGUGUGUCUUGGAAGGCGAGGUGGUGUCUCAAACUGUGGUGACUCCAAUCUGCGUACAUGUUUACUAUUGACCAAAAGGAGAGAUGAUUGACAUUGUUUAAUGUUUUUACAGAGUACUUAUAGGAAGUUCUUUUUUUGUACAGUAUUUUUCAGAUAUAAAUACUGACAAUGUAUUUUGAAAGACAUAUAUUAUAUAUAGCAAAGAGAAAAAGGAAAAUUGUUCCAUGUUUUAAAAUCACAGAGCAGAGAUAUAUAUUCGCCAAUAUUGUACAGAGAAGAAGUGCUUUGGGGUUUUUGAAUGUCUUUAAUAUUUUAAGCUUAUUGAUGACACGUCAGCAUUUUUUCCACUUUAAAUUAAAAUUUGAUGACAGUACCAAGGUUUGCCAUGGUGAAUCCUGCUCCCAACUACACAAAGAGCAUUCUGUCUCCCCAUUCAGCAUCCGAAAGAAGUCCGUUAAUGCCACCCAAAAGCACAAAAUGGAUUUUAAGUCAAAUAUUUAUUGAAUGAUACAGCGAGGUUUUUUUGUUUUGGUUUUUUCUCCUGGUUUGUUUGAUUUUUAAGAGAAAGCAUGCCCCCCCCCCCCCAAGAAUUUUCACGAGUUUCUGGAACAGAGCACUGCUGAAGGUGUCCCCCACCCUCCGGGGCUCCUCUGCAGUAGCAUGUAUCUUGUGCAGAGCACCAAAUGGACAUCAGUGGGAUGUGCACGGUUUAUCAUGGGAGAGAUGUUUUGGCUUUAAAGAUGAUUGCUCUCUUGUUUCACUGAGUUGAAUAAUGCCAAACGACUCUGAUGGUCCUGUAAAGGAACAUUUUGUUCUAGAUUACAAUGCCGCCUCCUGAGCGGGUGUUUCUGGCUUCCCGCCUCCAAAAUGUGCAAUUGGUGCAUGAGCUGGCGGUCCUCUUGCCAGUCCAUCAGCAAUGGUCCUCACAGCAUCAUCGUCUUGGGAGUCCGACCAGGUAUUUGUUUGGUCCCACGGUCCAGAUUACAGCAGAAAAGAGGAGCACGUUAGACAAGAGACUAAAUGUUCAGGUCAAUUUACUAAUAAAACCUCUGGAAAGCCUCUGCAGGACUUGAGUGAGAGGUAGUCGAGGAGAAUUUGUGUCGAACUUUUUGAAGGUGGGGAGCCCAAUUGCAACAAGAUUAUGGAAGAGCAAUUGCCAUGUCGUCCAGAGCCGUCAAUCUGUGUGCCAGCAGAGACACACAGGGCGGGGAAAUGGGCAUGGAGCUUGUAAGUGGAGAGAUGUUUAAAGGUUUGCACCUUGGGCCACCCCAAAAAAGUGUAAAAUGCUAACAAAAAAAAAAAUAAACCUAUAUUUGAGCACUGAUCUUUCUUGGAAUUCAAGUUGUUUGUAUCCAAUGAUUAUGACAAAUGUUUUCUGCAGAAGAAAUAAAAGAGAUCAUGUAAAACUUA